AUGGAUUUUGAGUAUAGAUUCCACAAAAUUGAUAAAAUCGUCCCAUUCGAACUUAAAUCUGUAGAAGAUCUAUAUUCGUUUGCUGACUCAAUCAUAAAUGACCCAAAUAGUGAAAUAUUUAAUUUAUUAACUUCAAAGGAGAAGGAUUUGGAAUUAAUCGAGGAUUUAAUCCACUUGAUAGACGAAUUAAAAUACCGUUCUAUCAAAAAUUUAACACAGAAAUAUAAAGAUUUGAUAUAUUUAAUAGUGGUAAAGUGUUUAUCGCAAAAUUCUGAAACACAGUCGAGCCAUCUCAUACAGCGUUUAUAUAAAAGAGGUUAUUCAACCAAUUUGGCUGAUUCAGUAUUUAAGUUUUACUGUAAUUUGGUCAAAGAAAAUGAACCAGAAGAAUUUGAGUAUAGUUAUUCGCUCGGGAAAAGUGAAUCCAGCCUGCUGCUAUGUUGCAGUGUUUUGAAGUAUUUGUCCAAGUUCUUAUACGUAGACCAGUGCGACGGAGAAUUUUUUAUCUGUAUUGACUCUUACGUAUAUUACAAUGUGCUGAGAAGAACAAUCUCGCUCAUGUUUGGGUCCUACUUGAAUUGUGGAAACUGUUGGAAUUUUAACGCACUCUCGAACCUCUUCCACCCACUUAGUAGGACUAAUCUACCGACCUUUAUCCUCUAUUUGGUCAUAGAUUUGCUGCCUGAACUUGCAAAGGUAACACUUUUGGAACAUCUCUCAGCCUACUACUCAGAUUACGAACUUAUCCGCACACUGCACAUAAAUCAAAUCACUCAGCUCUCCGGGUGUAUUUCAAGACUAUUGCAUAGUUUAGUUUUGACAGAAUCCACAACAUCUGCCACUAAAGCAACCUAUAACACAUUGUCGGCGUUGUUGACAAAGGGAAUAACUUCUGGACUAUCAACACUGGACCCGAUUAUGAGGCUCGCGACAAUUAUAGUAGCUGAGUCCUACUCAGUCUUCCUGUAUAAUAAUUCGUUUGUAAACGAUGAAUCGGUACUUCUUAAGUUCGACAAGGAAUAUAAAGAAUAUACACCAAACACAUAUCAUCUAGCGGCCUACAAAUCUAGGCUAAUUGUUAACCCAAACUUUUCAAAAAUUAAAAUGAAUCUAUCAGAUGUUACCAAUAUAUCAAAUAACCCAAGUAAACAACCUGAUAAUAUGGAAAACAAUACUAAUAAGCCAGAAAAACAAAGUAAUGACAUGGAAAAUGAAACGUUUUUGAAACUAGUAUUUAAAGAUACACCAUCGAUAAAUGUUCAAACAGUAAAGGGAUAUGUAAAGGACCUAUACCUAAAGCCUCCACAGCACAUAGUUCAGUGCUAUGAAAGACUACUUUCAAAGCCAGCAAGAGGAGAUAUUGACUACGAAAACCUAAUUACACAACCCCUGGAUCGACAAGAAGAUGAAAGUGUAGAAAAUAAAAUUCUCAGAAUCAGCCAAACAUUGUUGUAUUUGCCACAAAUUAUAAAGAAAAAAGAAACAAUGCUGGAGAGAUAUUCAAUACCAAUUUCAGAAUUAUUGCUGAAAUUAGAUGAUUUGGAUCUCUAUAGAGAAAAAAUAAUCGAAAUUGUCGAUAAAUCUAGAGGAAAAUUAGUAGAUGAAUCAAUAAAUAAUAAGAAUGAAUUGGCGUAUCAGAUGGAAUUUGUAUCAAAAGAACCAGAAAAAUUGAUAUUAGUAAGUUUGGCAUUAAUGACAUAUCAGUGUCCACUGCAUCUAUCAAAGUUCUUUUCGUCUCAUCUGUUUGAUAACGAUUUCACACUUUCGAUAAGAAUUACAAUGUUGCUUUGCAUACAGUAUACAGCAAUAGCAUUUAAUAAAUCAAUUGAUGUUGAUGCAUUAACAACUAAAAUUCUCAACGAUACUUCAGCAAUAACAAAUAAUAUUAAAAAUUUUGAAUUAACAUCUGUGGCUGAUAAAUUAAUCAGAAAUUCUGGAAUUAAAACCGGUGAAAACAUAACAUUACUCCCUAGGUAUGAUGUGGAAAUAAGCACCAGCAAAUUUGCCUUAUCAAAGACGUUUGUAAAAAGGUUCAAUAACGAAUCUGCUAGCUUAUUGAUGAGCUCAUUGUCGGUAUUUUCCAGGAAAAAAGAGUCUGAAAGAUUUCCAAUGGAAGAAGACAUUGUGAUCGGUAUUUUGGAAACCCUCAUAAUAUUAGUAACCUCCGUAAGUGAUGAGGAUAUUUUAAAGGAUUUAAAAGAGAUGACUUGUUAUUUCAGGACGAUAACAAUGGGACAGAGACUCAAAAAUACAAUUGAAGUUCUUUCAUUGAUGUUGGAAUCAAAUAAAUAUCAACUAACAUAA